UUUCAGUUGGAUGGGACCUUCAAAGACCAUCUAGCUGAAUUGCCUGACCACUUUGGGGCUAACAAAAAGCUAAAGCACAUUGCUGAGUGUAUUAUCCAAAUGCCUCUUGAACACUGAUGGGUGUGAGGCAUCAACCACCUCUCUGAGAAACCUGUUUAUGUACUUGACUAGCUCUUAAGUAAAUAUGUUUUUCCUAAUAAAUAUAAUAAAUGUAUUUUCCUAAUAAAAGUAAUGUCCCAAGCUGAGCUGGAAGGUCCUUCCUGAAGCCUGGGUAAGCUAGAAUGAUUGGGCAGGAUGGUUUCAGCAGCCAGCUUUGAACUGCCUGUGGUGGAAGGCGAUGCUAAUUAAACUUUCAUACAGUGUGGCAGCUCCAGGUGCAAGCAUUUCCCUGACCCUCAAAGCCUGGAUCCUUCCUUGUCUCUAGUUUGAUGAUGAGCUUUGCACUGAUGUUCAGAUAUCCUCUACUGUGCUUGAAAUUCUAUUUUAUUUCAUCCCUUAAUUGUGAUCAACUGUGGGGACAGCCAGUUGUGAGGUCAUAGAAAUUUAGUACUGUCUGUGACUCCUGGAUUGGAGAAAUUGGAGUGUAUAUUUUUUUUCCAGAAGAAAAGUGUUGGACGCAUGAAGGAUGGGGGGAAUAAAGCUUUAUCAGCUCCACAACUUUCAGUGGUAGUUUUUUAUCUAUGUAUUUCUAAGUUUGACUGGAAGUUGCUUUGAUUGAAAUGGCAAGAGGUGGACUUGAGGUCUGCAGUCAGUUCUUAGGGAAAAGUCUAUCAAAGAUCUUUGACACUGGUAAUGGGCAAACAUCACCUUGAGUAACGGAUUUCAAAGGGAUGGAGACCACUUGAAAUGUUCCUAAUAUCUGCAUGGUAGUGCACAAAAGCAUAUCACUAUGCCCAGGCUUCUAAGCUGUCUCUGUUCUGCCAUGUCCUUGUUGCCUUUGCUCAUCCACUCUGCGGCCUCGUGAAGACCUGCUCCAGGCAUGAAGAUCCUGUACCUGCUGUUCCCCUUCUUCCUCUUGUUCCUCCAGAGUGCUGCAGGAUCCUCCCGGGCUCUAGGAAAAAAGGAAUGUUUACGUCGGAAUGGCUUCUGUGCAUUUCUGAAGUGCCCUACCCUCUCACUCAUCAAGGGGAAAUGUUCAAGAUUUCAACUUUGCUGCAAAAGUAUAUUGGGCUGAAGAGCCGGACUUCCCAAGCAGGACAUUGCUCUCGCUUCUCAAUUCUGGCAACAUCCCCCACUGGCCUCUUCCCUUCCCACCUCUGCAGUCUCCCAUGGUGUGACCGUGGCACUGGAAGCUGAAGACAUCCCAGCGUGGGCCUGCAGUUAUUUGCCCAGGUGCUGCUUUUCCCUUCUGAAUAAAGGCGU